GUUCUCCGGGGAGUCCUUUCAAAUAGAAAGGAAGUGGACCUGGCGGCAGAGGGGUGCCUGGUCCCUGUCACCUGAAUGGUCCCAGGGUCGUGGAACACCUGCUUGUGAGAGAACACCCGCGGCAGUCACCCGUGAAACCUGGUCACCCCACAUUGUACCUGUCUGUCUGCCUUCUUCAUAGACCCAUCUCGGCUGGGACAAGAAACCGACCUCCCUCAGGCACCAGGCAGGACUGAUGACCACAGCCUCCAAGGCCAGGCCUGUCUGUAUAGGUCAGCAUGUCCUGUCACUUUCGGUGCUCCCCCAGGAGAGCAUGGCCCACGUAGGGGACUGCAAGUGGAUAUCCUGGCUCCCUGUCCUGGUGGUGUCUCUGAUGUGCUCGGCCAAGGCAGAGGACUCCAACUGUGGCGAGAAUGAGUACCACAACCAGACCACCGGGCUGUGCCACCAAUGUCCCCCCUGUGGGCCAGGGGAGGAGCCCUACAUGUCCUGCGGCUAUGGCACCAAAGAUGAGGACUAUGGCUGUGUACCCUGUCCAGCGGAGAAGUUUUCCAAAGGAGGUUAUCAGAUAUGCAGGCGCCACAAAGACUGUGAGGGCUUCUUUCGGGCCACUGUGCUGACACCAGGAGACAUGGAGAAUGAUGCUGAAUGUGGCCCGUGUCUCCCUGGCUACUACAUGCUGGAAAACAGGCCCAGGAACAUCUACGGCAUGGUCUGCUACUCUUGUCUUUUGGCGCCCCCCAACACCAAGGAAUGUGUGGGAGCCACUUCCGGGGUUUCUGCUCACUCCUCCAGUACCUCUGGUGGCAGCACCUUGUCUCCAUUCCAGCAUGCCCACAAAGUAGAGCUCUCGGGCCAAGGACACCUGGCCACUGCCCUGAUCAUCGCCAUGUCCACCAUCUUCAUAAUGGCCAUUGCCAUCGUCCUCAUCAUAAUGUUCUACAUCAUGAAGACCAAGCCUUCAGCCCCAGCCUGCUGCACCAGUCCCCCAGGGAAGAGCGUGGAAGCCCCAGUGAAUACUCGCGAGGAGAAGAAGGAAGCACCAGACAGUGUGGUGACUUUCCCUGAGAAUGGUGAAUUCCAGAAGUUGACGGCAACACCCUCCACAAAGACACCCAAGAGUGAAAAUGAUGCCUCCUCUGAGAAUGAGCAGUUGCUAAGCCGCAGUGUGGACAGUGAUGAGGAGCCAGCCCCAGACAAGCAGGGCUCCCCUGAGCUGUGUUUGCUGUCACUGGUUCACUUAGCCAGAGAGAAGUCUGUCACCAGCAACAAGUCUGGGAUCCAAAGCCGAAGAAAAAAGAUAUUGGAUGUGUAUGCCAACGUGUGUGGUGUUGUGGAAGGCCUCAGCCCCACAGAGCUACCAUUUGACUGCCUGGAGAAGACAAGUAGAAUGCUCAGCUCCACAUACAAUUCUGAGAAAGCCGUUGUGAAAACAUGGCGCCAUCUUGCUGAGAGCUUUGGACUGAAGAGGGACGAGAUUGGGGGCAUGACAGAUGGCAUGCAGCUCUUUGACCGCAUUAGCACAGCUGGCUACAGCAUUCCAGAACUUCUCACAAAGCUGGUACAAAUUGAGAGACUCGAUGCUGUGGAGUCUUUGUGUGCAGACAUACUGGAGUGGUCUGGGGUUGUGCCACCUGCUUCUCCACCCCCUGCUGCAUCCUGAGGAGUGUGCCCUGGACUCUCUUCCCUGGGAUGAACUAGGGCUCCAAUGAGACCAGGUAGCUAUGAGUCAUAUCGUCAGCCUGCCAAAAAUCAAGGCCUUUUCUGAUGGGUCACUAUAUGCCUUGGGCCGCUCCAAGGAGCCUGAUGGGCACUGAAAUGAACCAAACCACGUGGGGAUGAUAGAAGUGAAGAAUCUGAUCCUAUAUUUAAGGAGACAGAAGACAUGUUUGUUACAGACCAAGUCACCAGAAGCUGUCAAAUAGGCCAAAUGAGGGAAUACUAAGGAAAUGUAAUAAAACCUCUAAGAAGGGGUGAUGGGUUCACAUGGGGUUGACAAAUAGGAAUCUUUGUGAAGAAAAGUAGCUCAAAGGUUUUGGUUAAAUGGUUAAAAGUACAGACAUCCCACACCAUACAUUGCCCAGAUUCAGCACAGCUUGUUGACAUACCAUGGCAUCAGGGAUAACUUGACCUGUCCCCAAGGUCACAGUAAUAUAAGCUUCCAGUCAAUAGUGGAAGCACUCCCAUGUCACUGGCCUGCAAGGCAUGUUUGCCCAACCAAGCAGACAUACAUGAUGAUGGGUUUCAUAGACUGCAUGGCUCCUUGGCCUAGGAGUCUGUGGACCUUCAUUGGGAAUGGCCUUCUCUAUUUGCCCUAGGGAAGAUCUUAUGAUGUAUCAAGUUGUUUUUACUUCAAACAGGUAUGUGUUCUGCUUAGAGAAGUAAAAGGUGCCUUCCUAAAAGUUUGGCCAUACGUAACUAUAUUCCGAGAGUGGCCAAGAUGUGUGGAUGAGCCUCACGUGUUAUGAGCGUUCAGACACAGCUUCCUGAUCCAGUAAGAGAUCAUGGAGCCUGAGGUGCAGUGCAGAGCCUGGGCCAGGAGUCCAAGGCCCCAGUGGAGUCAGUUUGGGUGGCUUUUAUCUCCUCCCCUAGUCUCAGCUUCACCUCUGUAAAUGAGAGGUUGGUCCGUGAGUCUGUAGACAGGAGAGGUAGUAUGCAAGAAUAAAGUGAAGACAGGAAAGAUGAGGCCUUGGAGCCUCCCUGAGGUGAGUGCAGUCUGGGCAACCACACAAAAUGAUAUGCGUAAAAGGAAAACUGGUAGUUGGUGUUUUCACAGUAAGAGCAAUUGUUUGGUAUAACUUCUAUAAAGACAAAGUUAAUAAAUGAGCACUGUUCUUGUAAGAUUUUCUUUCUACACCUAUAACUGCCAAGAGCUGAGGAACCAGGGAAGCCAGCACACCAGGGGGUUAAUGCCAAGCCAACUGCUGGGCUCCCUCCUAAAGUGAUGAUUAUAGUGAUUGCUAAAUUAAAAUGAACCCUCUGACUUAGAAAGCCGUGCUUUUAAAAUUACAAGUCACAUGACUGAACAAAAGCUUUGAUUACGGGAAAUAAGUUGUGUAUGUUUAAAGCCAACAAGCAAUUUCCCACCACUGAAUGUAGAACAUACUGUGAGAGGACCUUAAUUAGGUCCUGAAUAUUUAAUAUCAUCAUUUAUUGUGUUUGUUUGUGCUGUUUUCUCAGAGCCUAUUUAGUAUCUCCUGCAAGCUAAAUAUUCUGCUUGAUUAUCCUUUUAAUUCCUCUUUGAAAUCUUGUGGUGCUUCUUUCCCUGCUCUGUGAUAAUAAUGAUGAGUCUAUGCUUAAUUAGACUGAAAAUGUCAUGUGUAAUGAUUGAGCAGGUUCAGGGUAGUAGUGGACACUCUCCACCAAAUGACAUUUUCCAUGGAAGAUGGGUAGCUAUCAUUGGCCAGUGGAAGGUUUAGAUUUGAGAGCCAGAGGGCAGCCAGCAUCAGAGCCAUUCCACUGGCUCCUAGGCUGUCAUUUUGGGAGGCUAGUCAUUAUAUAGUUACACUAUCCCUUGGACUUAGUAAUGAAUGCAAGAAAAGUUUGCUUCAGUGAACUUCUGCCUGUGUUACAGAAUUCAGUGUCAAUGAAGACAUAAUGAUUUUCAAUGACCAAAUCUGGAACUUCAUGCUGCAUUUUGUCUGAAGCAGCCAGUAUUUUGCAAAACUGAAAAAAAAAAAAAGUU